CCUUCCUCUUUUCUUCUGACAUCAUCGGAAGGCGCCGCCGGAAAGGUCACGCUGUGCGCUCCGUGCUCUCUCCCUCCUUCCCCCAAAGAGGCUUCCUUUGGAAAAUGGCGGCGGCCACGCUGUGGGGGUGCCGGAAAUGUCUUUUAAACGUACGGCUGGUACCCGGGCGCAGUACAGGACCCAUACAGCACGCUUUCCUUACAUAUCGAAUGGGCAGACCUGUGUUAGAGCUCUACCAGGCUAGGUGUUAUUCUUCUGGAGGCCGAAAAGGUUUUAUAUCUGGCUUUGUAGAGAAUAUUAAACAGGAGCUGGCAAAAAACAAAGAUAUGAAGGAGAGUAUUAAAAAGUUCCGAGACGAAGCGAAGAAGCUGGAAGAGUCAGAGGCCUUGCAAGAAGCAAGGCGGAAAUACAAAACCAUAGAGUCCGAGACGGCAAAGACCUCUGAAGUCCUUAAAAAGAAGUUUGGAGAAAUCACCGGCACGGUCAAAGAGAGCCUGGAUGAGGUCAGCAAGAGCGAGAUCGGCCGGAAGAUAAAGGAAGGUGUGGAAGAAGCUGCCAAAACAGCGAAGCAGUCAGCAGAAACAGUCUCCAAAGGAGGAGAGAAGCUGGGCCGGACGUCAGCCUUCAAGGCCAUUUCCCAAGGUGUGGAGACAGUCAAGAAAGAGAUUGACGAGAGCGUCCUGGGCCAGACAGGGCCUUACAAGCGGCCAGAGAGGCUCCGGAAGCGGACAGAAUUUGCCGGGGAGAGGCUCAAAGAAGAGAGGAUCUUUGAAGCCAACGAGGAGGCAGUUGGCAUUGUGCUCCACAAGGACUCCAAAUGGUACCAACAGUGGAAAGAGUUCAAGGACAACAACGUGGUUUUCAACCGGUUCUUUGAAAUGAAGAUGAAAUAUGACGAGAGUGACAACGCCAUCAUCCGGGCCUCGCGCGCCGUGACGGACAAAGUGACAGACUUCAUAGGCGGGCUGUUCUCCAAGACGGAAAUGUCCGGGGUCCUGACGGAGAUCCUCCGGGUCGACCCAAGCUUUGACAAGGACCGGUUCCUCAGGCAGUGCGAGGAGGACAUCAUCCCCAACAUCUUAGAGGCCAUGAUAUCUGGGGACCUCGACAUCCUCAAGGACUGGUGUUACGAAGCGACCUAUAGCCAGCUGGCACACCCGAUUCAGCAAGCCAAAGCGAUGGCCCUUCAGUUCCACUCCAGAAUUCUGGACAUUGACAAUGUGGACCUCGCAAUGGGCAAGAUGAUGGAGCAAGGUCCCGUCUUGAUUAUCACUUUCCAAGCUCAGUUAGUCAUGGUGAUUAAAAACCAGAAAGGGGAAGUCGUUGAGGGAGACCCGGAGAAAGUUCUACGAAUGCUGUACGUUUGGGCCCUUUGCAGAGACCCCGACGAGCUCAACCCUUACGCUGCCUGGAGGCUGCUGGACAUUUCCGCAUCUAGCACUGAGCAGAUCUUAUGAGGCUGAUGACUCCUCUGCCUGGGCCCUGUCUCACUCCCGGCCCCUGCACCCUUGGGUGGAACAUCCUGCCUUGCCCAAAGAGUGGCCAUUUUUUUGUGGGUUGCUGCUUUGCCAAGAACUUGGGGGUGCUGGCUUCAAGGGACUUGGUGGGAGAUACCCGCAAACCCCCCCUUCCCCUGUUGGAGGGAGCUGGGCGUUAUCAUUGACACUUGCUGAUCUAGAGGGGCGUGCCAAAGGCAUUGUUUUGAUCGUGAAAUUUUUUUGGCAUCUCCACGGGGGGGGGAGCACAUGGACAGAUUGUGUCCUUCAGAGUGUCCUUUUACCAGCACAUCCUCGCUCACUGCCCCCCAAAUGGUUGCCCCUUCCACUUUCUCUGACAGUCAAGAUGGCUGUCUGAUGCUGCCUGACCAUCUCUGGCCACACCAAAGAGACACCCGUGGCUGUUGCACCCAGGACCAGUUUUCACGGGGCCGAGCAAUGGAUAGACAUUGCAGGCCAGAACUACGGUUGCUUUACGGGGGUGAGGGGGUGGCGCACAGCGGGGGCGGGGAGGGUGUAGAAUGGCUCUUUAGGACGCGGGGGAUCUUCGGUCUGCUGGCCAGAUGAAUUGAGGGUCUCCCCACGGGUGCCUUUCCAGUGCAAGGAUGGGAGGGGGCGGCGUGGCUUUAAGGGGUUGUGAUCGUCCCCAGUCCCAUCAUGCAUUUCCCACCCCCUCUGCCUCCACCUCCUAAAUUCUGUGAGGUCUGAAAAUCAGCCUGCUGAGGUGAGUCUAACUGGAGCAGAGGUAUUGUGACAAUAGAUUCAUCUGCCAACUUUGUAAAUUAAACAACUAU